AUGACCGACUACUUCUCACAAUCAAACAGAUCAUUGGAUGUUAUGGUAUCAAGAAUGACAGCACUUGACGGUAUGCCAUACAGGGCAUUUACAGAAUCUGAAGACCUGAAGCAUCUAUUUAAAAAAGCUGGUUAUAAAUUACCUACGAGCGCAAAUACUAUAAAAGAUGUGACUAUAAAGUUUUAUGAUAAGACUAAGAAAAACCUUAUAAAGGAAAUACAGGAACUAAAGGAUGAAGGACACAAAUUUUCGGUUUUAAUAGAUGAAUGGACAUCUUCAAGAAAUAGGCGAUAUAUGAAUGUGAAUCUUCACUGUGCAUUUUUCAAAGGUAACCACCACACGACGAGAAAUCUUGGUUUAUGUAGGACGUAUGGCUCUGUUACCGCUAUCAAGUGUGAAGAAUACCUGCGAGAAAGGCUACACGAAUUUAAAUUAGAUUUUGACACUGAUGUGAUCGCCAUUAUAUCUGAUGGAGCUUCUGUUAUGACAAAACUAGGAGGAAAUUUAAACUGCAUACAUCAGUUAUGCUUAGCUCAUGGCUUGCAAUUGGCCAUCGUGGAUACGUUCUACGUAAAAAAUCAAGAAAACGUAAAUGAGGCUCAAGAAGAACUUGCCGAAAACGAAAAUAAUCUGAACACUGUUUGCAUUGGCACUGAAGAUGAUACUGAGACUGGUGGAUUUCAAAUAGAGCAAGCUCCAACUGUAACAGUUGACGUGGAGACAAAUAUUAAGUUUGGGCUUGUUGUAGAAAAGGUGAGGAAUAUUGUGCGGAUGUUCAGAAAGUCACCAACGAAAUCCGAUAUUCUUCAAAAUUACAUAAAAAUGGAGCUUGGUAAAGAAUACGCACUGAUAUUAGACUGCAAGACGCGCUGGAGUACUCUUUGCAAUAUGAUUGGUAGGUUUAUUAAAGUGAAAAGAGCAGUCUUAAAAGCACUCAUUGAUGUAAAAUGUGAUAUCCAGAUUAAUGAAGUGGAGUGGUCUAUUCUCGAAGACAUUUAUGAGAAUCUCGAUGUAAUGAAAGUUACUGUUGAAGCUGUUUGUCGCGAAGAUGCUACUCUGCUUAGUGCUGAUGCUGCCAUGAUUUUUGCACUUAAAAAACUUGAAACUCGUUGCUUAUUAAGGAGCUUCAUGCAAGUCUGA